AUGAAGGGGGUUGUACUGACAGUAACGGGGGGGGGGGGGGGGAGGGUAGGGGGGGGGGGGGGGGGGGGUGGGGGGGGAGGGGGGGGGGGGGGGGGGGGGGAAGGGGGGGGGGGGGGGGGGGGGGGACUUGGGGGGGGGGGGGGGGGGGGGUUGGGGGGGGGGGGGAAGAGGGGGUACUGGGGGGGGGGGGGUCAUAUCAUUGGGGGGGGGGGGGGAGGAGGUUGGGGGGGGGGGUCAUAUCAUUGA